CCCACAUUUAUACUUGAAAUUAAUCCUACAUGGCUUCUUCUUUUUCCAGGUUUUCCCAGACUUUGCUUCUCCUUGUGGUUUUCUGGGGAAUCACCAGCAGCAGCAAUGCUCAACUUUCAACCGAUUAUUACUCAGAAUCAUGUCCCAACUUGUUUUCAACUGUCAAAUUCACUGUUCAUUCUGCUAUAAUGAAUGAGGCCCGCAUGGGUGCUUCACUGCUUCGACUCUUCUUCCAUGACUGCUUUGUUAAUGGAUGUGAUGGAUCAUUGCUACUGGACGAUACGUCGUCGUUCACGGGAGAGAAAAAUGCAGUCCCAAAUCGAAACUCAGCUCGGGGAUUCGAUGUGAUUGACGACAUCAAGUCUGCAGUAGAGAAUGUUUGUCCCGGUGUUGUUUCUUGUGCAGAUAUAUUGGCCAUUGCUGCUAGGGACUCUGUUAAAAUUUUGGGAGGACCCAAUUGGGACGUGAAGCUUGGAAGAAGAGAUGCCAGGAGUGCAAGCCAGGCUGCUGCAAAUAAUGGCAUUCCUGCGCCAACUUCCAACUUGAACCGACUCAUUUCCAGGUUCAAUGCUCUUGGUCUUUCCACCGGGGACUUGGUUGCUUUAUCGGGAGCACACACAAUUGGACAAGCAAGGUGCACAUCUUUCAGGGCUCGCAUAUACAACGAGAGCAACAUCGAUCUUUCCUUUGCUAAAACCAUGCAAAGCAACUGCCCAAGAUCGAGUGGGUCAGGGGACAACAAUUUGUCACCGCUUGACAUCCAGACUCCAACAUAUUUUGACAACAAGUACUUCAACAACCUCAUCGGCAAGAGGGGGCUGCUCCACUCGGAUCAAGAGUUGUUCAAUGGGGGAUCCACCGACUCCAUUGUAAGGGCUUACAGUAAAAACCCGAGCUCCUUCAGCUCUGAUUUUGUUACAGCCAUGAUUAAGAUGGGAGACAUUAGUCCACUCACUGGAUCAAAGGGAGAGAUCAGGAAGAACUGCAGAAGGGUUAAUUAAUUCAUGGGUUAUUAUUAUUAGAAUAAAGGCAUGGAAAUUUCGAUUCCUCAAGUCGAUUGGUCGUGUUUAAGAUUAUUAUGCUUUAGUGUUGUGUGGGGUUUUUUUCUUUAAUUUUAUCUUUUUUGUAUUUGUGCAAUGGCUUAGGCCCAGUUUCUGAGAGACUUUUGUGAGAAUUAGCUUUGAUCAGAAUUAUGAUUAUUUCAGCAUUAACAAUGUUUUAUGUUCCUUUC